AUGAAGAAAACCCCUCGCGCGGCCACUGCCGCGUGCGCCCACAACGCGGACGUGAAGACGGACAAAGUCGUGACAAUACGUCCACCGGACACUCCGUCGGACAGUUCAUGUGCAACGUCAGUCGCGUCGAAGCGCUGUGACGAGUGCGAGCGCAAAGGCGCAGAAUGGGUCUGCCACGACUGCGGCCUCGUGUACUGUGCCACCUGCGACACGCACCGACAUCGAAAAGGGAACUUGCAAUUUCACGAACGGCAGCACAUGUCACGACUUCAGUCCCCCAAAGGUGAAAUUGUGGGCGCUGCGCCACGUCCGACUCGCGACGUUGCGGAAUGGAACACCUGCGACGUGUGCGACUGGCUAACCGCUCAUGAGUUGGGACUGUUUGUUGACGAAGCACAGCGACAACAGGUCACAGGAGCGACGUUGCAGUCGUCGCAGGGUGUAGAUACGUUCUUGGAGGCCGCUGCGGGGGUCAGUCGCGGCCAUAAGAAGAAACUGCAGCGAGAAGUGCUUAAACUGCAGCGGGCAGAAGAGCUUUCGCCUCGCCCGAGUAAGACCGCAUCUGAAGCAAUGCCUUUGGCACCGCUUCGUCUCUCGCGCGUCUCUAGACGUCCCAUUGGCAUUGAUGUCCGGGUCAAUGUAGAGACUGUAGAGGUGACAGCACCUCCACGACGUGCAUUGGGUCUAAGCUCUGUUGGACUGAAGCCACUGAAGAUCGACGUGGAUGGAGGUUACUGCGAAGAUGAUGCAGCUGGCGUUGUAGCAAGAGGUCGUGGCGGCCGACAGAUGUUGGGACUGGAUCUUGCACAGGUCAAACAUGACGCGAAGACGGUGGCAGCUUCUUUUGAUUUCUCUGCAACGGGCACGCUGCAGACACAAGGCUUCGAGAUCGAUACACGCGGUAUUGCUAAUGUGCCUUUUGCAAGCUCAAAGCAGUGCCAAGCGAGCGGCAAAAAGUUUGGAUCCAGCAGCACAGAUGCAAUCAGUACGAAAGACUGCUUGCUGAUGCUCGAGGAGCUUGGUCACGGAGCUGGUGGCAAGGUCUAUAAGGCACUAUACAUGCCAACGUUCAUCCUGGUGGCUGUAAAGGUCAUUCGCGUGUACGAUCAGAAGAAGCGUCACCAAAUGGUGCGCGAACUCAAGUCGCUGUAUAUUAACUUCGUGCCGCUCGCAACUGCCACCUCCCCAUCUGCUUCCUCGGCAAGCUCGUCUGUUUCUCAAGCAGCAUGCGAAGAGCUUGUUGUUUUCUACGACGCGUACACCAACCCAGAGCUGGGUUCUGUCUCGAUCGUCUUGGAGUACAUGGAUGGAGGAUCGCUGGAAGACUACGUGCAGUCUGCUACCAAAGGUGAUGGAGGAAAAGAAGGCUGCUUGUCGGAAAAGGAGAUCGCAAAUGUUGCUGCGUGCGGGUUGAAAGGACUAGCGUUUUUGCAUGAGCACCACCAGUUGCACCGAGACAUUAAGCUCAGCAACAUGCUCAUUAAUCACCAAGGUCAAGUCAAGAUAUCGGACUUCGGGAUCUCUCGCGACCUCGAGAGCACCUUGGCCAAGGCGACAACGUUUACAGGCACGCUCUUGUACAUGGCGCCUGAAAGGAUCAGCGGAGGCAUGUACUCGUACCCCUCCGAUCUCUGGUCGUUCGGACUCGCGAUCAUGGCUUGCGCCAUUGGAAAGCUACCUGUUCCGGCAAAAGAAGGCUACUGGGGUGUUGUACAAGCUGUGCAAGAGCAGCCCUCGCCGCGACUUCGAGACUAUGGCGAUCGAUUCUCCCCGGAGCUUUGCGAUUUCUUGGAACAGUGCUUACAGAAGAACCCGAUGCAUCGACCUCCUGCGGCGAUUCUGCUAGAGCAUUCGUUCAUCAAGAGGAACUGCUUGUCGCCGAGAGAGCAAACGGGUGUGCGACUGAGCCAGGAUCGACAGCCACGGACAGCAGAGGCUAUCGAACGCAGUCGCCAAGAAAUGCGGAACAUCGCGAGUAAGGCCCAGAGCUGGUGUCUCGAUCACGCGGAUACUUUUCGCCGCCUGUCAUUGACGAACGGGAUGAAUGGGUCGCGAAAUGCCUCCAGCAAGCGAAAGACUGAGGUUCUCGCCCAGCAGCUGCAUCUCCCAGUCGACGAAGUGGCGCCGCAUUUCGCGUUUCUGGAUGGGUUUUGCACAUAA